GUUGGCUUUGGGGCGAGUUGUCUGGCUCCCCAACUGCGGUUUGCUGUUUUCUGAGCUUGGUGGAGAUCAAGAAGGCGUCCACGGCUCCAAUAGUGUGUUUCUACCGUGGUCUGCUACCUUGGCGCUGAAAGAGCUUGAUACCAUCUUAAAUCGGGGGAACCAAUGAGCUACAGCAGAGGAACUGCCGGUUUGGUAUGGAGAUGACUACGCAAGAGAACUUCGCCUUGUCAGACACAAGAACUUGCUCUUCAGACCUAAAUAUAUCAAUGGAGAAGAAAUGUUCCAAUGAUUGUUCUGCAAGACAGUACAAUUGUGAGGUGUGUGGUUAUGCAUGUAACGAGAAUAGUUCCUUGAAGAAACACAUGCUGAUACAUACUGGAGAAAGACCGUACAAGUGUGAGGUGUGUGGUUAUGCAUGUAAGGCGAGUGGUACCUUGAAAAUACACAUGAAGAUUCAUAAUGGAGAGAGACAGUACAAGUGUGAGAUAUGUGGUUGUGCAUUUAACUAUUAUGGUAACUUAAAACAACACAUGGGAAUACAUACAGGAAAAAGACCGUACAAGUGUGAGGUGUGUGGUUAUGCAUGUAACGAGAUUGGUAUCUUGAAGAAACACAUGAUGAUACAUCCAGAGAAACUGAAAUGUGAUUUGUGUGGUUAUGCAUGUAUCCGUAGUAGAGACUUGAAGAUACACAUGAGGAUACAUACAGGACAAAGACCAUACAAGUGUGAGGAAUGUGGUUAUGCAUGUAUCCAUAGUGGUAACUUGAAGACACACAUGAGGAUACAUACAGGAGAAAGAGCGUACAAGUGUAAGGUGUGUGGUGAAGCAUUUAACCAGACUGGUAUCUUAAAAAAACACAUGAGGAUACAUAGAGAGAGACUGCACAUGUGUGAGGUGUGUGGUUAUGCAUGUAUUUGUAGUAGUAGCUUGAAGAAACACAUGAUGAUACAUACAGGAGAAAGACCUUACAAUUGUGAGGUGUGUGGUUAUGCAUGUAAGGCGAGUGGUACCUUGAAGAUACACAUGAGGAUACAUACAGGAGAGAAACCAUACAAGUGUGAGGUGUGUGGUUAUGCAUUUAACCAGAAUAGUAAAUUGAAACAACACAUGAGUAUACAUACUGAUACAGGAGAAAGACCGUACAAGUGUGAGGUGUGUGGUAAUGCAUUUAACACGAAUAGUACCUUGAAAAGUCACAUGAAGAUACAUACAGGAGAGAGACCUUACAAGUGUGAGGUGUGUGGUUAUGCAUUUAACCAGAAUAGUAAUUUGAAACAACACAUGAGUAUACAUACAGGAGAAAGACGGUACACGUGUGAGGUGUGUGGUUAUGCAUGUAACAAGAGUGAUACCUUGAAACAACACUUGAAGAUACAUACAGGAGAAAGACAGUACAAGUGUGAGAUAUGUGGUUUUGCAUUUACCCAUUGUGGUAACUUGAAAAGACACAUGAGUAUACAUACAGGAGAAAGACAGUACACAUGUGAGGUGUGUGGUUAUGCAUGUAACAAGAGUGAUACCUUGAAUCAACACUUGAAGAUACAUACAGGAGAAAGACAGUACAAGUGUGAGAUAUGUGGUUUUGCAUUUAACCAUUGUGGUAACUUGAAAAGACACAUGAGUAUACAUACAGGAGAAAGACAGUACAAGUGUGAGAUAUGUGGUUUUGCAUUUAGCCUUAAUGGUAACUUGAAAAGACACAUGAAGAUACAUACAGGAGAGAGACGGUAAAAGACUGUACAAGUGAGAUGUGUGUAACUGUGGUAAAGCAUUUAACUGGAGUGGCUUUUCAUGGUAAAUUGUUCAAUCAGUUUGUUUGAGUAUUAAUUUAAGCUCAUUUGAAUUUAACCUAUUUUAUAUCACAAAAUGCACAUGGUGAGCUUUUGUGAUCGCUGUUUUCUGUAAUGUGUUGUUUAUUGUCCGCCGCAAACAUUUACCUUGUUAACACUCUACAGGCAACAUCUGUUUUCCGAAAGUCUUGAAACUUGCUCUGAUGAUAAAUUACAAUGAUAUCAUAGGGGAGUAAGUUUGAAACUGGGUCAUUAGUUCUUAUGAUAUUUUGGGGGAGUUUGUAACUGGGUCAUUAGUUACAAUGAUAUCUUGGCAGAGUUUGUAACUUGGUCAUUAGUGCAUAAUGAUAUCUUGGCAGAGUUUGUAACUGGGUCAUUAGUGCAAAUGAUAUCUUGGUAGAGUGUGUAACUCGGUAACUCGAUCAUUAAUUAUAAUGAUAUCUUGGUGGAGUUUGUAACUGGGUCAUUAGUUCCAAUGAUAUCUAUGCAGAGUUUGUAACUGGGUCAUUAGUUUUAAUGAUAUCUUGGUGGAGUUUGUAACUGGGUCAUUCAGUGAUUUUUUUGCUCAAAUUUACAGCGGCUGCUUCCCAAUCGCAGAAAUACACGUUUUUCCCCAAAAAUCUGACCAAAAUUUCCCAAAAAACGCCCAACUUUUUUUUUAGAAAUAAGUCUCAUAUAACUUAAUUAUGAUUUCUUAAAUCUAGGUCUCAACUUUAUUUUUUAAACAUCUUACAAAAUAUAUAACUUGAAUUUAGUCAUUUUUGUCCAUAAAUCAUUCCCAAACUUGCCACUUUUAUUGAUUAAAAAAAUCCCAAUUUGACUAGACUCCUUUUCUAGGAAACUCCCUGAACAUGCACUUAAAAUCAAUAUCACUUCUGUUACUUAUAAUCCUAUUUAUAAUGCUUAAUUUUUCCCAAUUUCGUGGUUUAUCGCGCUAUUUUUCCCAAUUUCACGGUUUAUCGCGCUAAUUUCCCCAAUUCAAAUGGCACAGGCUGUAACAAAUUAAAGCAAAAAAAAUCACUGUCAUUAGUUCCAAUGAUAUCUUGGCAGUGUUUGUAACUGCAUCAUUAGUUCCAAUGAUAUCUUGGAGGAGUUUAUAACUGGAUCAAUGGUUCAAAUGAUAUAUCGGCGGUGUUUGUAAGUGGGUCAUUUGUUCUUAUGAUAUCUUUGCGUAGUAUGUAACUGGGUCAUAAAGGGUCAAAAACAAAAGUCAUUAGAUCAAAUUGAAGAAAAAGCUUGCUUAUGCUCUCACUCUUGAAGUCACAUUUAUAGGCAAAUCAUCAUGUCUGAGAUCCAAAAUGGCUCCUUUUCAUUUAAAAAACAUGGCCGCCAAGGGGCAGCGCAGUUUUUGUUACAUUGCUGUAGAUAUACCUUGUUUAGCUUGAGAAAUCACAUUUUUAGUACACGUACACAUCUGAAUGAAGCUUGUUCAGAAUAUUUGCUCCGGUGAUGUCUUGCGGAGCUUGAAAAUGGUUCUGGUCUGUUGAAAAACAUGGCCGCAAGGUGUUGGGGUUGAUUCCCCAAUAUGGCAGCUAUAUACAAUUUCAGAAUCGAUAAAUUUCGUGACUGCCGCCAUAUUUGCUAUCACGUGACCUGCUGCCAUUACAGUAUUGAAUAUUCUGGUAGACUACAGCUUUCAAAAAUCUCACAAUAAACAAAAAAUGGAGGCAUUAAUGAGUUAUAUGUCACAUCUUUGAACAAUAAAAGUUAGAUUUCUAAUAUAUGUGACCAUACAACAAUAUUCAGUGACAAUAUGUUUAAGGCCGAAAUAGCUGGGGGUUUAAGUACUCCUUUCAGUUAUGCCUUGGCUUAAAACACAAUUUUUUUUAAUGUAAUUAUUGGACUAUAAGUUUCAAGCUUUACGUUUUAUCAGCAUCUAAAGUCUAAAGUAAACUUUGUGAUUUUUAGCGUUUAUAGUUCCGGGGAUAUUAUUAAGCGAAACUUUGAGAGAUUAUUUCCGAGGUACACAAUAUAAUUGAAAAUCAGAUGUCUGCCUUUGUGUAAAAUUUCUGUAUGAAAACUAAUUACGGAGAUACACAGUCACACAUUAAGAAUAUUUAUAAGAUUCAAUAAGAUUUUAUUAGAUUCAGACUUUGUUUCAUGUAUAAUACAUACCUUUUUUUCGUAACAUUUAUUAUUUCGUUAUGAAUAUCACUUAUUUAAGUCUCAAUGUUAAAGGCAAUUCAUAAAUCUAUAGCUGGAAUAAUGUUUUUGACUUAAAUUGGUCCCAAAAUAUUUAUAAGCGAACUCAGUAUGUAUUUGGGUAUAUGCUCACUUUUUCACUCAAAAGUAUCUGGUUGAGUCAAAACUUCAGUGUGUUUUAAUUAAUUAUUUAAAUUAUUUUAAUUAUUUAAAAUUCGCUUUCAAGCUUAAACAAAAACUGUACUGAUUAAUUGCUUAUUAUGUUUUAUUGAUAAAAUAUAAAUUUACAAUUAAAGUGUAAAGAUGUCACAUACAUGUAUAUGGAGCCUUAAGUCAAUAUAAAUAGUUCCAAUAAUUCGAUACAUUCCAUAAUCUGUUUAUUUUCAUUUUCAAUUUCAGAUUUAAAAUAAACACUUAUAAGUCGAACAAAAUAAGUGAUGUUUUUCUUCGUUAAUUACAAAUUGUCAAUUUUAGACAGAUAAAUGGUCUUGAAAAACAUCUGCGAUCGAGGCGCGAAAGAUUCCCUCAGUGUUAAAAGUGUUAAUUGGUAUGUCUGUGACACCACAUUCUUCACAUGCGUAGAUGCCGUUAUUAAGAUACAUGUAAGAUACCAUGCAUCGCCUUCAAAUAACAUGUUAAAUGACAAUGAAGGCCUUAUUCAUGCGGAGUUUUAUGACUCUUAAAAAAUGCAGAUGAACAUUGUUUCUAUUAAUCAACAAAUACCAGUACUGAUAAAAAAAUAUAUGUAUUUAAAAAAUACUACCUAUUAUGUGAUGAUUAAAUCGAUAAGAGGAACUAGAUAAAUCUUCAAAUAUAUUGAAUAUAAUCGCUUCAAUUCCGUUAAUUCUUCAGGUACCAAUACAAAAAUAUAGGUCCCCAUAUGGUUAUUCAAUAAUGGCGGCGCAUGCGAUUAUUCAGGGACGGUAAUUCAGGAGUUUUAAAUUUUUGGGAUUGUCUAUAGUAGGAACUUGUUUAUUAUGUGGAAGUCUUAUUUUAAGUAAAAUAUUCUAAGUUCAUGAAGCUUGGUCAGAAUAUUUUUAUGCCCCCAUUUCGAAGAAAAGGGGGUAUAUAGUUUUUGCACUGUCCGUCGGUCGGUCGGUUGGUCGGUCGGUCGGUCACACUUCAUGUCCGCUCUCUAAUUCAAAUAGUUUUCAUCCGAUCUUUACCAAACUUGGUCAGAAGUUGUAUCCAGACAAUAUUUAGGUCAAGUUUGAAUAUGGGUCAUGCCGGGUCAAAAACUAGGUCACGGGGUCACUUAGUGCAUUUCAAGGAUUUAGCAAGGUGUCCGCUCUCUAAUUGAAGUAGUUUUCAUCUGAUCGUUACUAAACUUGGGCAGAAGUUGUAUCAAGACAUUAUCUAGGUCAAGUUCGAAUAUGGGUCAUGCCAGGUCAAAAACUAGGUCACGGGGUCACUUAGUGCAUUUCAAGGAUUAAGCAUGUUGUCCGCUCUCUAGUUUAUGUGGCUUUCUGAUUUAUUUUGAUAUUCUAAGACAUUUUUAUGCCCUCAAAGGAGGGCAUAUAGUGAUCGGACUGUCCGUUAGUCUGUCCGUCCGUCUGUCCUUCACACUUUGCGUUUAGAUUUCGAAAAAUGCUCAUAACUUCUAUGUCGCUUCUGAUAGCAAUUUCAUAUUUGGCAUGCAUGUGUAUAUGGACAAGGUCUUUCCAUACGCACACAAAUUUUGACCCCUGUGACCUUGACCUUUAACUUAGGGUCCGUGUUAAGGUUCGAAAUCUGCGUUUAGGAUUUUAAAAAAAGCUAAUAACUUCUACCAAGCGUUUACACAGUUAUACUUUUAUGUAGUGACAAAGUUACAGUUGGGGGCAUCCGUGUCCUGUGGACACAUUUCUUGUUUAGAAUAAUAUCUCAGCUAAGUUCGAAAAUGGUUCUGGUGUAUAUAUCUCAAAGAUCAAGGUCACACUUGGAGUUCAAAGGUCAAAUGCUUGUCAGGGCCAUAACUUUGUCAUUUAUUGUGAGAUUUUAAAAUCAUUUGGCAAAUUUGUUCACCAUCAUUGGACGGUGUGUCGCGCGAAAGAAUUACGUCGAUAUCUCCAACGUCAAAGUCACACAUUGAGUUCAACGAUCAUAAAUGAGCUUGUCCAGGCCAUAACUUUGUCAUUUAUUGUGAGAUUAUAAAAUCAUUUGGCAAAUUUGUUCACCUUCAUUGGACGGUGUGUCGCGCGAAAGAAUUACGUCGAUAUCUCCAAUGUCAGAGUUCAACGAUCAUAAAUGAGCUUGUCCAGGCCAUAACUAUGUCAUAGAUUGUAAGAUUUUAAAAUCAUUUGGCACAUUUGUUCACCAUUAUUGGACGGUGUGUUGCACGAAAAAAUUACGUCGAUAUCUCCAAGGUCAAGGUCACACUUAAAGUUUAAAGGUAAAAAAUGGCCAUAAAUGAGCUUGUCCGGGCCAUAACUAUGUUGUUCAUUGUGAGAUUUUAAAAUCAUAUGACUAAACUGGGCCUGUGAGAAGGCUUGUCUGGAGCUAUGCUGGCCACACAUAGCUUAACUUUAGCUGACAGGGUAGCUCCUGACUAAACUGGGCCUGUGAGAAGGCUUGUCUGGAGCUACGCUGGCCACACAUAGCUUAACUUUAGCUGACAGGGUAGCUACUGACUAAACUGGGCCUAUGAGAAGGCUUGUCUGGAGCUAGGCCGACCACAUAUAGCUUACCUUUAGCUGACAGUGUAGCUCCUGACUAAACUGAGCCUAUGAGAAGGCUUGUCUGGAGCUACGCUGGCCACACAUAGCUUAACUUUAGCUGACAGGGUAGCUCCUGACUAAACUGGGCCUGUGAGAAGGCUUGUCUGGAGCUACGCUGGCCACACAUAGCUUAACUUUAGCUGACAGGGUAGCUACUGACUAAACUGGGCCUGUGAGAAGGCUUGUCUGGAGCUACGCUGGCCACACAUAGCUUAACUUUAGCUGACAGGGUAGCUCCUGACUAAACUGGGCCUGUGAGAAGGCUUGUCUGGAGCUACGCUGUCCACACAUAGCUUAACUUUAGCUGACAGGGUAGCUCCUGUCUAAACUGGGCCUGUGAGAAGGCUUGUCUGGAGCUACGCUGGUCACACAUAGCUUAACUUAAGCUGACAGGGUAGCUCCUGACUAAACUGGGCCUGUGAGAAGGCUAGUCAUGGUAGCUCCUGACUAAACUGGGCCUAUGAGAAGGCUUGUCUGGAGCUACGCUGGCCACACAUAGCUUAACUUUAGCUGACAGGGUAGCUACUGACUAAACUGGGCCUGUGAGAAGGCUUGUCUGGAGCUACGCUGGCCACACAUAGCUUAACUUUAGCUGACAGGGUAGCUCGACUAAACUGGGCCUGUGAGAAGGCUUGUCUGGAGCUACGCUGGCCACACAUAGCUUAACUUUGAUGACAGGGUAGCUCCUGACUAAACUGGGCCUGUGAGAAGGCUUGUCUGGAGCUACGCUUGCCACACAUAGCUUCACUUCAGCUGACAAGGUAGCUCCUGACUAAACUGGGCCUGUGAGAAGGCUUGUCAGGGUAGCUCCUGACUAAACUGGGCCUAUGAGAAGGCUUGUCUGGAGCUAUGCUGGCCACACGUAGCUUAACUUUAGCUGACAGGGUAGCUCCUGACUAAACUGGGCCUAUGAGAAGGCUUGUCAUGGUAGCUCCUGACUAAACUGGGCCUGUGAGAAGGCUUGUCAGGGUAGCUCCUGACUAAACUGGGCCUAUGAGAAGGCUUGUCUGGAGCUACGCUGGCCACACAUAGCUUAACUUUAGCUGACAGGGUAGCUCCUGACUAAACUGGGCCUAUGAGAAGGCUUGUCAUGGUAGCUCCUGACUAAACUGGGCCUAUGUGAAGGCUUUUCCUGAGCUACGCUGGCCACACAUAGCUUAACUUUAGCUGACAGGGUAGCUACUGACUAAACUGGGCCUAUGAGAAGGCUUGUCUGGAGCCUAUCAGAAGGCUUGUCUGGAGUUACGCUGGCCACAUGUAGCUUAAGACCCGUUUUCUCAUGACGCCGCUCAUUUUAUUUAGAAAAUGCGUCCAAUUAGCUGUAAAUGUCAUCUACUACGUGCUUUUAGUGUUGCACAUGUGUUAGAAGUGUUUUAAAAAUGUUCAUGUUCUGACUGUUAGUAAGAAAUGUUAUCAUAUUGAACUAGGUUAAUGUUUUAUUAUUAGAAUCAUGUUUAUAAAUGUGUUUUUUUCAUAUGCUGUAUAUUCCUAAAAAUGAAAUAUGUUCUAAAAACUUAGUAAAACCAUUUAUUGGUUAA